AUGGCACCAACUGCUGUCCAGUACGAGGACAGCAGCCAGGCUGGCCCGCGUACCUUGUACGACAAGAUUUGGGCGGACCACUUGGUGAAUGAGGCAGAUGGCACAAGCCUGAUAUACAUUGAUCGUCACCUUGUCCACGAGGUGACAAGCCCUCAGGCAUUCGAGGGUCUCAGGCUCAGCAGCAGAGAGGUGCGCCGAACAGAUUGCACUCUGGCCACAGUGGACCACAACAUCCCAACUUCAUCGCGGAAGAGUUUUAAGGACACCAAAAGCUUUAUAGAAGAAGCAGAUUCGCGGCAGCAGGUUGUAACACUGGAGGACAAUGUGCAAGCGUUCGGCCUCACGUACUUCGGAAUGGAGGACAAACGACAAGGCAUCGUGCAUGUCAUCGGUCCGGAGCAGGGGUUCACCCUCCCUGGAACUACGGUGGUUUGUGGCGACAGCCACACCUCAACGCACGGAGCAUUCGGAGCUCUGGCUUUUGGUAUCGGGACAUCUGAAGUCGAACAUGUUUUGGCAACGCAGACGCUGCUCAUGAACAAGGCAAAGAACAUGCGAGUCAAAGUUUCUGGCAAAUUGGCUGAAGGCGUGACUUCCAAGGAUGUCAUCUUGCACAUCAUUGGCGUGAUCGGCACUGCUGGUGGCACUGGCAGCGUCAUCGAAUUCUGUGGAGAUGUCUUCGAGAACAUGUCCAUGGAGGCGAGGAUGUCAGUGUGCAAUAUGACCAUUGAAGCUGGGGCUCGGGCGGGUAUGGUGGCUCCUGAUGACAUUACUUUCAGCUACCUGAAAGGAAGGCCCCUGUGCCCCAAGGGGAAAGACUGGGACAAGGCAGUUGAGUACUGGAAAAGCCUGCGCACGGACAAGGGGGCGAAGUUCGACAAAGAGAUCAAUAUCGAUGCAGCUGACAUUGCUCCGACAGUGACGUGGGGCACAAGCCCUGAAGACGUCGUGGCCAUCACAGGAACAGUUCCCGAUCCCAAGGAGGCCAAGGAUGAGACGAAGAGGACUGGAAUGCAGCGCGCCUUGCAGUACAUGGGCUUGGAGCCUGGAACCAACAUGCAGGACAUCUCCAUCCAGAAGGUGUUCAUAGGAUCCUGCACGAACAGCCGCAUAGAAGACAUGCGCAGCGUUGCUGCCGUGGUAAAGGGCAGGAAGGUGUUGUGCUCACUGGAGAAGGACGACUUGCGCAGGCAAGCCAAGAACAACGAGGCGGCCAACGUGAUUUGGACGGAGCUCGCAAGCAGGAGAAAGGGAGCCCAGGCAACUGGCACGAAGGCAGUUGUGCAGCGUGGCGGUGUCGAUCCGCGCCCGAAUCCUGGACGCGUGUGA